AUGGUUGUACUAAGAGAGAUUCUGCUAUCUAUUGUCCGUGCUGGAGAUCCUCUUGCUGCCUGGAGUGCAGCUGCACGGCUGCUUAGGUCAUAUUAUCCUUUAAUUACACCUGUAGGGAAAAAUGGUCUUGCUAGUGGACUUUCAAAUUCAGCUGAUAAGCUGCCUUCUGGAACACGCUCUGCUGAUCCUGCUCUACCUUUCAUUAGAUUGCAUUCUUUUCCCCUUCAUCAAUCACAAAUGGACAUUGUUAAGAAGAAUUCAGCUAAAGAAGAUUGGUGGGCUGGAUCAGCUCCUUCUGGACCUUUUAUAUAUACACCAUUCAGCAAAGGAGAGCCAAAUAACAACAGUAAACAGGAGUUGAUUUGGGUUGUUGGGGAACUUGUUGAAGUUUUGGUUGAGUUGGCAAACCCUUGUGGCUUUGAUUUGAGGGUCGAUAGUAUUUAUCUGUCUGUGAAUUCAAGAAAUUUUGAUCCUUUCCCUGUUACUGUUAAUCUUCCAACUAAUUCCUCAAAGGUUAUUGCCUUGUCUGGGAUUCCAUAUGCCUUAUCAUUUGAGCUACCCCUCUUUGGUAAAGAAUUAAGAUUAGUUUGUUUCAUGCAAAAAUGA